UAAUCAAUAAAAAAUAUAUUUAAAAAAUCAUUUUAAUUUUUUAUAUUGGUAAAUAAUUUAAUUUUUUAUUGUUUUCGUUUUGCACAUGCGCAGAAGAAAAACCUUGAAGUUUUGACAUUUCCGUUGCUAUAGCAACCGGGCAUCAGGAAACUAACCUCUAAUAAUAUUAUUUUUUCUAAAUUGUUAUGGUAUAUAAUUGGAAAAAAAAUGUAAAUAAAAUUGUCAAUUAAUAAAUAGUUUAAAUGUGAAAAUAAAAUAAACGUUAAAUUUACUUAAUUAUGAGUAAAAGAAAAUUGUUUACAUGUUUGGAAGACAUUUACUUCUAUCAUUCAACAAGAUCCUUCAAAAAAUAAAUAUCAAUGAAUUUCGAUUCAUUCAUAGAAUAGUACAUAAUCCAAAUCGUGGUAUUUUUUAUGUAAAACUUGGAAAUAAUGAGAGAGCAGUAUUAACAUACCAAAAGGAUGGGGAAAUCUUGGAUUUACGAACAAUUUUGGUUCCUAAGGAACAUCAAGAAGAAGGUUUAGCACGACGUUUAACAGAGGCAGCUUUUACGUAUGCGAUUGUAAAUGAUUACCACAUGUAUUUAACAUGUGCUUAUGUUCAAAAAUAUUAUCUUGCUAUAAAAAACUCUGAACUUGAAGAACUAGUCGUUGGACCUCCACAUCUUUUAGAAUCUCCCUACGCAGAAGAUCCUAACGCUAUAUAUGAAAUUCCAGAUCCUGAAGAUUUUAUGAUCAAUCCUCCUGAACCUUGA